AUGGGGUUACACUGUCUGAAACCAGUACAUCUUUGCAUGGUGCUUAUGCAGAGAGUACCUGUGCACGGUGCGUGGUUUCCAGAGUGGCAGCGCACAGCCAGCCUUUAUAGUUCAGAAUUUGAGACCUGUUCUGCUGUUAUCUCAGAUAAUAUAGCAGGUGCCUGUCUUGGAAGUGGCUUAAAGCUUUCCCAGCGAAUCCAUUUUGGUGGAGUCGGUGGGAUUAUGUGCAAAACUCCUGCUAUUAUUCAUCAGAGGGGGAAACAAAUCCAGUUUAAACGCCUUGAGGCUUUUGUUCGAGAUUCAUGGCGGAGACACCGAGAUGACACCCGGCUGAGGCGCAUGGAGCAGAGACCUGGACAGACGGCUGUACCUCAGGAGCACAAACUAGCCUUUGUUGUGCGGAUUGUAGAUAUUAAGGGAGCAAGUAGGAGGGUAAGAAGAGUGAUUGAGUUGCUGCGGCUGACAAAAAAUUUCACUGGAACAUUUGUUAAACUGACUCCUUUAUCGCUGAAGAUGCUGCGUAUUGUGGAACCUUAUGUGGCGUGGGGACACCCUAACCUAAAAUCUGUACGAGAGCUCAUCCUGAAACGGGGCCAAGCCAAGAUUAAGAAGCGGAGGAUGCCUCUGACAGACAACAUGCUGAUAGAGGAACAUUUAGGGGGCUGUGGUAUUAUUUGCCUGGAAGACCUUAUUCAUGAAAUCUACUCAGCUGGGAAGAAUUUCAAAAAAGUCACAAACUUUCUGUGGCCAUUCCAUCUGUCAGUGGCUCGCCAUGCUUCACGUAACAAAGUGGGUUUCCUGAAGGAAAUGGGUAAGCCUGGCUGCAGAGGUGAAGCUAUCAACCAGCUUAUACGUCAGCUGAACUAGUCAGGGUCUUUGUGAAAACUUCAGGAUUUAUAAACUGUUCCUUUUCACGUGGAGUUUUCAUGGACAUUGUCUCUGUGCAAUGAUACAUCUCUUGCCUGUUGGUGCCUCUAUAAAAAGAAAAAAUACAUGAUGAUGAUGAUGGACUUCAGGCUGGUCCUUCUUAAAGAAGAUAAAUUGGAUUUUGUACAAGAAAGAAGUGACGUGAACUUCCUGGAGCAUCCUGACUUCUGCAUCGCUGUAGAGCAAGGGAUUUUUUAUACUCAUUGCUGCUGGCUCUGUACCACUCACCUCCGAUCUUAUCUUUGGUAUAAAGCAGUGGUUGUCAGUUCCGGAUUUAAAUUUGUUACAGUUGAUUGCAAUCACUGCUUUGAUCUGGUCCUCCCUAGGGGCAGCGCUUGAAGUUGUGCUCCUUGAAGUGCACCUCCUCCUAGGUGUAAAGGGGUAGUGCAGUCACCUGCUUAAGAAUAUUGCUGACAGGCAGAAGAUGACACUAGGUAUUCCUCUGUUACUGCAGUGCAAGCCCUAAUAAAGAAUAACAUAACUUUUUUUUUAAAGUACCUAGAUUGUGUUUAUUUUAAAAAGCCAUGAUUUUGUGCUACUGAUUGACAAAAGGCUGCCUUUUCAAUUCUAAUAGACUGGGACUGCUGGUAGGAGUCCAGAAACUUUGAGUACAGUGGCGGAGUAUAUGU